CAUGGUGAAACCCGGUUCCUACUAAAAAUACAAAAAUUAGCCUGGCGUUGUGCGGGCCCUUGAAUCCCAGCUACUAGGGAGGCCGAGGCAGGAGAAUCACUUGAACCUGGGAAGAAGAGGCUACAGUGAACCAAGAUCACGCCACUGCAUUCCAGCCUGGGCUACUGAGUGAGACUCAGUCUCAAAAAAAAAAAAAAAAAAAAAAGCGUGGGGUGGGGCGAAAUUCGCUGAUGUUUUAACCAUUCUGGGGUCACAGCCUCCUUUGGGAAUCCCAUGAAAAUUAUGGACCUACUCUGGAAAAAGGCACAAACAGAGAACCCGAACGAUGUCGCCACUUGCAGCGAAGCGCCCUAGCAUGAACCGUAGUCCAGUUGGCUCAGGAGGUGGAGGCGGUGGUGGAGCGGCUUGGGGCCUCCGCUUCUGGUGGCCGCAGGAGCAACCCACAGACAGAAAUCAGGGUGAAAUGGCCCACACGUGCCGUGGAACCAUCAACCUGUCCACCGCGCACAUUGACACAGAGGACUCUUGUGGUAUCUUGCUGACCAGUGGGGCCAGGAGCUACCACCUCAAGGCCGGCUCAGAGGUGGACCGGCAGCAGUGGAUCACCGCCCUGGAGCUGGCCAAGGCCAAGGCUGUCCGCGUGAUGAACACUCAUUCAGAUGACUCUGGGGAUGACGACGAGGCUACCACCCCAGCCGACAAGAACGAGCUGCACCACACCCUGAAGAAUCUUUCCCUGAAGUUAGAUGACCUCAGCACGUGCAAUGACCUCAUCGCCAAGCACGGCGCCGCGCUCCAGCGCUCCCUGACGGAGCUGGACGGCCUCAAGAUCCCAUCCGAGAGUGGGGAGAAGCUGAAGGUGGUGAACGAGCGGGCCACCCUCUUCCGCAUCACAUCCAAUGCUAUGAUCAACGCCUGCAGGGACUUCCUGGAACUAGCAGAGAUACACAGCCGGAAAUGGCAGCGGGCACUGCAGUAUGAGCAGGAGCAGCGCGUGCACUUGGAGGAAACCAUUGAGCAGCUGGCCAAGCAGCACAACAGCCUCGAGCGGGCCUUCCGCAGCGCCCCCGGCCGGCCGGCCAACCCCUCUAAGAGCUUCAUUGAGGGAAGCCUCUUGACUCCCAAAGGAGAGGACAGUGAGGAAGAUGAAGAUACCGAGUACUUUGAUGCCAUGGAAGACUCCACAUCCUUCAUCACCGUGAUCACUGAGGCCAAGGAAGACAGAAAAGCUGAAGGUAGCACGGGGACAAGUUCUGUGGACUGGAGCUCAGCAGACAAUGUACUAGAUGGUGCCUCGCUCGUGCCCAAGGGUUCGUCCAAAGUCAAGAGGCGAGUCCGCAUCCCCAACAAGCCCAACUACAGCCUUAACCUCUGGAGCAUCAUGAAGAACUGCAUCGGUCGGGAGCUCUCCAGGAUCCCCAUGCCGGUGAACUUCAAUGAGCCCCUGUCCAUGCUCCAGCGGCUGACAGAGGACCUGGAGUACCACCACCUGCUGGACAAGGCGGUGCACUGCACCAGCUCGGUGGAGCAGAUGUGCCUGGUGGCUGCCUUCUCUGUGUCCUCCUACUCCACCACGGUGCACCGCAUCGCCAAGCCCUUCAACCCCAUGCUGGGGGAGACCUUUGAGCUGGACCGCCUGGAUGACAUGGGCCUGCGCUCCCUCUGUGAGCAGGUGAGCCACCACCCCCCUUCAGCUGCGCACUACGUGUUCUCCAAGCAUGGCUGGAGCCUCUGGCAGGAGAUCACCAUCUCCAGCAAGUUCCGGGGAAAAUACAUCUCCAUCAUGCCGCUAGGUGCCAUCCACUUAGAAUUCCAGGCCAGUGGGAACCACUACGUGUGGAGGAAGAGCACCUCAACUGUGCACAACAUCAUCGUGGGCAAGCUCUGGAUCGACCAGUCAGGGGACAUCGAGAUUGUGAACCAUAAGACCAAUGACCGGUGCCAGCUGAAGUUCCUGCCCUACAGCUACUUCUCCAAAGAGGCAGCCCGGAAGGUGACAGGAGUGGUGAGUGAUAGCCAGGGCAAGGCCCACUAUGUGCUGUCCGGCUCGUGGGAUGAACAAAUGGAGUGCUCCAAGGUUGUGCAUAGCAGUCCCAGCAGCCCCAGCUCCGACGGGAAGCAGAAGACAGUGUACCAGACCCUAUCAGCCAAGCUGCUGUGGAAGAAGUACCCGCUGCCGGAGAACGCGGAGAACAUGUACUACUUCUCAGAGCUGGCCCUGACCCUCAACGAGCACGAGGAGGGCGUAGCGCCCACCGACAGCCGCCUGCGGCCCGACCAGCGGCUGAUGGAGAAGGGCUGCUGGGACGAGGCCAAUACCGAGAAGCAGCGGCUGGAAGAGAAGCAGCGCCUGUCGCGGCGCCGGCGGCUGGAGGCCUGCGGGCCCGGCAGCAGCUGCAGCUCGGAGGAAGAGAAGGAGGCGGAUGCCUACAAGCCACUGUGGUUUGAGAAGAGGCUGGACCCGCUGACCGGGGAGAUGGCCUGUGUGUACAAGGGCGGCUACUGGGAGGCCAAGGAGAAGCAAGACUGGCACAUGUGCCCCAACAUCUUCUGAGCGCCACCCUUGCAGCAAAUACAGGCGCCUGCACAGCCCGGCCCACCUGUUUAUUAAUGCACUCAAUUUAGUACUGAAUGGUCUUUCUCCCAGCCCAUUCCCAGCCCUUCCUGUUUCCUUUCCUAUUUUUUUUUUUCCCACACUUUCUUGAGACUCCCACCUUGGAAGGAGGAAGGGCUGACCUGGGUUCUCUUCAGCCCCCAGGUGCGCCGGGUCACCCGUGCCCCUUCAUUAUGGACCUGGGCCCUACUGGAACCCCUGCCCCAGUUACCACAACUCAGGCCGGCUGGCCCGGGCCACGGGCUGCGCAAAUCACCAGCCCCCAACCCAGGGAGGAACUGGCCCCUCCUAGGGAGCCUCUUCGACUUUUUUAGAAAAAUGAUCUCCAUUUCUUUCCAGCCAUGAUGUUUAGUAAAUAUUUUUAGUACCACAGUUAGCAGACAGCUUUCCAAGUGUGCUUUCUUGCCACAAAAGUGUCCUGGCAAGAGCCCCUUAUUUUUAAGACAUCAGGAAGCCAGACCCCUUUGAGUUGGGAUAAUUUUGUAGCUCAACAUAUCAAGUCCUCGAUGGUAUCUGAGCUGCCCACACCCCCACCUGCCAGGGCCCCACAGAGCCCAAAACAGAAGGGGGCUGCCUCAGCCCAGCAGAGCACAGAGAGUUUCUCGAGCUCCCACCCACAGAUGCACGAGGGGGUACUGAUGGCAUCCCCCAUGUGGAUUUGAGGGCAGCAGUCCCUGGCCUCGCCCUAGCCAGCCCAGGUGGCUCCCUAGCCCCAAGAGGCCAGGAAGGGCUGGAAGGCAAGGCCUGCAGGUGCUCCCCGCCCUGAGACCCAGGCCCCAAAUCAGCAAUAAUGAACAAACCCUUGGCCCAGCCUGGGCUGGUGACCCAGGCACCAGAGACCUUGCAUCCCUCCUCAUCCUAGGAAGCCCCUAGGGGUGCCCCAUCUCAGUGCCCCCUGAACUCUUUAUUUGCCUAAUUUAUAUAUAGAGAGAUAUAUAAAUAUAUAUAAAAUAGCUAUUUUGCUUAAAUUUCUACAGUAUGUAAAAGUGAAAAAAUGAUGAAGACGGGCACACCUGUCUGAGUUUGGCCCUCAUGUCAGCUGUGCCCUUCCCUCUCCUCAUGCCCCCUUCCAGCGGCUUCUGCCAACCAUGGGGGGCUGGACCACCAUGGUCACUGACCCAGCCCCUCAGAAUCUCACACUCCAAUCCUUUCCAUUUCAGUUUAGUCCUAAAAGUUCAUCACAGGGUUUUUCUUUCUACUCCAGGACUGGUUUUGUUUUUAUAUAUACAUAAAAAAAAAAAAGUGAAAACACCAAUGUGUGAAAUGCCUUACGAUGCCCACUGGAGAGGCGGGGUGGGGUAGGGCAGGAUGGCCCCACUGGGGCUCCCACAGAGCUGUGGAAUGUACCUCUCCCCAACACUGUUUUGUUAGCAAGCACCUUUUGACCAGUAAUAAAAAAUCUUGGCUUUGGAGUUUUCCA